AUGCACGAAUCCACGACAGAAGCAACAACUCUCGACAUGGCCAAGGCUCCACACUAUGAUGUUGCCCUUUGGCAAGUACACGAAACCGAAGACGACUGUGACAUUAUCAUCCGAACCAACAAUGGGCGGGCCUUCUACUGCAACAUCUCUCCUUCCCGUUUCCAUCGGUCUCCCCGGGUCACGGAGCAGUACUUCAAUUGUCUAGACCUGCUGCGGUCUGGCGAGGAAGAGAAAGACGAUUUCUACAUGGAAGACGCAUGCGAUUGGCUGUCGAAACCCUUCCAGCCUCUGAUCGCGCAGCUAGCGCCCAGAACGGCGACGAGCAGACGGCCAACCCUCUCACAAUACCUCUUUCCUCCGCAUUUUGUCUGUACCCUCGAGGCCACCGACGAGAAAUUACACCCCCUUCGGCUAAACACUCAGGAGCACGGCUGGUCCAAGCCCAUGAUCAUUUUUAAUGACGACUACCUGAGGGACCUAGACCAGUGGACUCGAUCUUACCACCCAAACGACAUCGAGUUAUGUUACAAUCGUGCCCAAGACGUUCUGAUCAGACGCCCGACAAAAGUAAUGAUUAUAAACGGUAGUGGCGACGAGGGCUACAACAACAGCCCGACCACCUACUUCUUCUUUAAGCGGUUUGAGCUCUCAUUCGGUGCGACGCACGCAAAGGCGGAGCUCAUGACAUGCAAGAAGGUUGCUAUGGCACAUAUACCUCCUCCCCCCGAAGCAUGGAUCUGUCGCCUGCACGGCGUUGUCCGAGACGGAACCAAUUUGUUUGGCAUGCUGUUUACUUGGAUUGACGCAAAGGGCGUGCUGUCAGGAGCAAGAGCUGCUCAGAGCUCGGCUCAGCUAAGAAGACACUGGGCAGCCAGCAUCACGGCAUCACUAGAGAAGCUCCACCAAGCAGGUAUCGUCUGGGGCGACGCGAAAGCCGAGAACAUCCUAAUCGACAGAGAUGACAAUGCCUGGAUUAUCGACUUUGGAGGCAGUUACACCGUCGGCUGGGUUGACAAGGAUAAAGCUGGAACAGUGGAGGGUGAUAGGCAGGGAUUGGCAAAGAUAAUGGAUAUUCUUCACUAA